UCGAUGGCCUCAUGUUAGCUUAGUUUUAUCCUGAUCUAGUUUAGAGUGCGAUUCAGCAUCGAAAAGUCAACUCUGAAGUUUCAAAAAUCUUGACGAGUCUCCUUACAAGGAGUGGUCAUUCCCUUUUCGCAACUGCGAAAAAGACACAAAACGCAAAUGGACGCUUGCACUUGACCCGCGCAGACGAGUCGAAGCUCCAACACGAUGAGGCAACUUUCGACAAAAUGUGGAAGCAGGAAAGAAAAGCGACAAGAGAAGGGGAGAAAAUUUCUACACCGGCCUUCUUCUCACACAACGAGGAGUCAAUUUGCAGAUGCGUAAGGUGAUGGCGAUGUUGAUGCCAGACAUUGACCCAUACCCACAGCGGGGGAUGUGCCAACAAGCAGGCGUUAAAAGGAAAGAAAAAAAAAAGAAAGAGAAAAAGAGAUAGAGAAGGGGCGGAUAGUAGUUACAGUAUAAUAAAAUAUUAAAGCUAGAUCUUAUAUAAUAAUAUUUUAAGAAGAAAGUGUUGUUCAGCAGUCAGACGGAAGUCAGAACAGGGUAAAGAAGAGGAAAAAAGAAAGAAAGAGAGAAAGAAAGGAGCAUGAAACCCAGUAUUACCUGAAAACGAACGAUAUACUUUUUCAACAGCGCAAAGGACAAGGACGAGACGAGGGCACAUACACAGGGCUGUGUAUGUGCACUCGUCUCAUCCUUGUCAUUCGCGCUCUUGAAAGAGAAUCUCACACGAACUUGCCCAAGCUUCAACAGAAUGAUAUAAUAGUCUGAAUGUGAAUGUGCAACUUCUUGUAAAGAAAAAUAAAGACCCAUGUUUUACUAACGCAGGACUUAGGAUAUUUUUUUUUACAUAUGAGUAUAUUUGAACAUGAACGGAACACCUCCUCGUCUUCUACGUACUCCGUGACCAAGAAGAAAGAAGACAGACGCUUGCGCAGCGAAGGCGACGGCGCGCGGUCGGAGGAGCAGCCGGCGUCAUGGUCCGCUUAGAAGAUUAGGCCAGUACGGGACGGUGAGGCACCCUUUCUUCCUUCAAAAUUGGCGCCAUGUCGUCGCACUACCUGCAGUUCCAGAAAGUGGCCAUUGACCGCGUCGAGCGGGUCAAGGCCAAGCUGGGCCUCAAGGACCGGAAGCACCACACGUCGCAGGCGUCGGCCGCCUCAUCGCAGCACGACAGGUCCCAGCUGCUGGCCACGCUCAAGACGGGCAAGUCGACGCCCACGGACACCAUCGAGCGGCUGCACGCCAAGGACCUGCCGCUGGACACGUUCCUGCGCAAGCACGACAAGCUGUGCCGGCCCGUGGUCAUCCAGGGUCUGCUGGACGAGUGGAAGGCGCUCGAGCGCUGGUCCCUCUACAACCUCGUCUCCAAACACAGCGACGACGAGUUCCUCGUGGGCCGCGACCAGAACCAGAACAGCGUGACGGUCAAGAUGAAGUACUUCGCUUACUACCUCAAGGAGUACCGGGACCCGUCGCCCUUCCAGAUCGCCGACGACCUGGCCUCCGGCGGCAAGAGGCGGCUUCGCGACGACUACGAGGUGCCGUCGUACUUCAAGGACGACAUCUUCAGGUACGCCAGGGAGUCCGACUUGCCGCCGACGCGUACCUUCAACCUGGGGCCCCCGCUGGCCGGGGACAGGAUUCAGACGAACCCGCUGCACUGCAACCUGUGGAGCGCCCUGGUGCACGGCAGCCGCCGCUGGUGCCUCUUCCCACAUCACGUGCCGCAAGACCUGCUCUGCAACGACCACAGGGCGGCGCGCAAGGACCGCCGGCUCGAGACGGCCGUCGCGUGGUUCGAGCGCAUCUACACGAAGACGCAGUCCUCCCGCUGGCCCCGCUACUUCAAGCCCCUGGAAAUUCUGCAGGCCGCCGGAGAGGUUGUCUUCGUGCCCGCUGGAUGGUGGUACGUGGUGAUCAACCUGGAUGUGUGUGUGGUGAUAUCGCACCACCACUGCAGCGCGAGCAAGCUGGCCCAGGCGUGGCCCAAGCUAACGCGCUCCAACAAGAAGCUGGAGCGCGCCUGGUUCGAGGCUCUGCGCCGGCGACGCCCGGAGCUGGCCGCGCUGGUUCCGCGCAAGCAGAAGCGACGCUCGCGCGACAGCUAUUCGGACGCCAAGACGGCAGACAGCAGCGCCACCUCGUGUUCGAGCGACGUCGACAAGGACGGCUCCGACGAAGUGGCCUCGGACAACUCCUGAGAAGCGCGGACCGCAAGCGCAGCGAAAUUCACGAUGGCUCUGACGAUUCGCCUCGACCGUUCCUCACGCUGCGCAGCAACCAUAAAAUUCCCCUCGGAUAUUUGCUUUGUCUGUACGAGUGCAUACCAAUGAUUGCUGCGCCGUUAUCAAUGAGUUGCGUUUGCAUUUUGCCUCCAGCGUGACGUGCAGCAGGGCAAAUCGGGCAUACAUAAGUGUUUACGGGAGCUUCGAGUUCAGUGGUUAUCAUGGGAAUGAUCAAUGAUAGGAUGUAUACAUAGAUUUGCUUCUUUGUCCUUCUGGCUUCAAACGACCUUCUGAUUUUGCAAGUUGAUCAACUUCAACAAUGUUUUGCGUUAUAAAGGCAGUAUUUGAAAUAUU